AUGCCUUCAGGAGUUAUUUUUAUAAUUUGCAUUCCUUCAAGUAACUAUGAACAUGUACUGAGAUUUGGAAAACCCAAAGAUAUAAUUUCGUUAGAUUCUUCAGCGCUAAAACCUUAUCGGUUAGAAGUGGAGCUAUUGAGUAAGAAAUCUAAAAACUCGAGUAUACCAGUACGUCUCUCCCAGUAUUAUAAUGAUGGGUUCAAUUCAACUUUGGAAAACAUAGACGAGGUCGAUGAAUUCUUCACCAUGGAAAGCAUUUUGCAAGAACUAUUAAAGAAGCUGCAAGUAGAACAAGUGGUGUGGGUGAAUGACAAGACUGGCAAUUAUUACGAGGUGAUCUUCCCAUUGGCGACAGGGGACAAAUGCGAGACCAUGUUGCACUGCCUCACGCAGCUCGGGAUUGGAGUCAAAUGUAAAUCUAUCGUUAGUGUUCUCCCUUGCAACGUGGUCCAUUCCGCAGCCGACAACGACCAAGAAGACGAAGACGCGAUAUUGCGUAAAACUGAAGAUGCUAAAAGAUGGCGUCAGUUUGUCGACUCAAUAAGGUCGAAAUUGACCGUGAAACAAGUGGUGGACGGGGUGAGGGGAGGUGGCGAGCUGUCCUUCGAUUAUUUGACACUGAUUGUAACAGCUGACUCCCUAGCAGCUCUGGGCUUAGUAGAAAACAAUGCUUCCAACAUAGUGGCGGCCAUGUUGGUUUCACCCCUGAUGGGUCCUGUCAUGUCCAUCACAUUCGGUACCAUCAUAUCAGACAGGAGUCUCGUGAGGAGUGGCUUCGAGAGCUUGGUAUUGGGAAUGAUCGUCUCUUUAAUAUUUGGCUUCAUUUUUGGAUUAAUAUUGGGGUCAACGGAUAUGCCUUGGGGCUUGGGGGAUUUUCCUACAGAGGAAAUGAAGGGACGAGGAAAUGUACGGUCUUUAUGGAUGGGCGUACUGUGGGCCUUGACCUCCGGCACUGGGGUGGCCUUGGCCUUGCUUCAGGGCAGCGCAGGCCCGCUCAUCGGCAUCGCGAUAUCUGCCUCACUCUUACCUCCAGUCGUUAAUUGUGGUUUAUUCUGGGCCCUGGCUUGUAUCUGGCUGUUGCACCCCGGAGUCAAGAUCCCUCACAUCAAAGGAGAGCCAUAUUUAGGCAACUCUUCGUAUGAACCACUCUACCACGACUACUUGCCCAUAGAAUUUGCUGUCAAUGGAAUAGUCAGCUGCUGCCUGACCAUAGUGAACGUGAUCUGCAUUUUCAUAACCGCGAUCAUAUUUCUCAAGAUCAAGGAAGUGGCCGCUCCUUAUACUUCCACGCCUGACCUGAGGAGGUUCUGGGAGCAGGACAUAAAGGUGGCCAGGGAGGCUAACAAGGCUACUUUAAGACAGGCUGAAGAUGACGAAAGGGCGGAAUUGGUUUUAGAAGAUCUGAAUCAAAACCGCGAAGAUAUCCAGGAAAAACUUGAAGCUGCCGUCAAGGAGGCACUGGACGACGAAACGUAUCGAAAAGUAAAACGGAUGAGUUAUCAAAGCCACAACGCUGACGAGGUUAUACGUACAAUCGGCCUUCAAUCACAGACACCAGUCUCGAAGCGCUCAAGUCAGAUCAAUACAGACGCCUCUUCCCCGCGGUCCAUGAAUCUUAUCCAAGGAACCAACAUCGAUGACAUAGCCACGCUAGACAAGCUGCUAACUUCUUUGCUUGGCAUGAAGGACAAAAGUUGCUCCCACAGAGACACACCAAGGUCGAGCCAAAUGCCUGUUCCUUCGGGAUUAGCCCAUAACAGAAGACUAGAAUCCUGGCCCGAUAGAAUGCUGGAAAAUUCCAUAGUUCAUAGCGUUCUUAGUAAUUUGAGGGCAAGCAAGAGGAACUCAGCUGCAGAAGAACCAUUUCUGACGCCAAAUUAA